CAGCCGGCCCGGCCCCUCAGGCGAGCCCGCCCUCGGAGCGGGGGAACGGGCCGGGCUUUAUAACCGGCGGGGCAGGGGCGGGUGGUGACUGGCACGGGCGGAGGCGGGAGGCCUCGGUGAAAGAAGAAUCAAUGUCAGCGCUAAACUGGAAGCCCUUUAUCUAUGGAGGUUUAGCAUCAAUCACUGCAGAAUGUGGGACUUUCCCUAUUGAUCUGACCAAAACACGUCUCCAGGUUCAAGGUCAAGUUAAUGAUGCCAAAUACAGAGAGAUUCGUUACCGUGGAAUGGUACAUGCACUAGUCAGAAUAUGCAGAGAAGAAGGACUGAAAGCCUUAUACUCUGGGAUUGCACCUGCAAUGCUACGACAAGCUUCAUAUGGAACUAUAAAAAUAGGCACUUACCAGAGCUUAAAAAGAAUGUUUGUUGAAAGUCCAGAAGAUGAAACCCUGGUGAUAAAUGUUCUAUGUGGCAUUCUUUCGGGGGUAAUCUCAUCAUCUAUUGCCAAUCCUACAGAUGUCUUGAAGAUCAGAAUGCAAGCCCAAGGUAGUGUGAUUCAAGGAGGAAUGAUGGGCAACUUCAUACAGAUCUACCAAAAGGAAGGCACUAAAGGAUUAUGGAAGGCAAUAUCAUUGACAGCACAGAGAGCUGCUGUUGUUGUUGGAGUGGAACUGCCAGUGUAUGACCUUACCAAGAAGCACAUAAUUAUGUCUGGAUUCAUGGGAGAUACAGUAUAUACUCACUUCCUCUCAAGUUUUACUUGUGGGUUAGCUGGAGCCCUUGCAUCCAACCCAAUUGAUGUUGUAAGAACACGCAUGAUGAAUCAGGGAAGCCAACAACAUGGGGGACGCUCCAACUACAAGGGUACUCUGGAUUGCUUGUUACAAACAUGGAAGAAUGAAGGCUUUUUUGCUCUGUAUAAAGGGUUUUGGCCAAACUGGUUAAGACUUGGUCCUUGGAAUAUCAUUUUCUUUCUGACAUAUGAACAGCUGAAGAAACUGGACUUCUGACAUGCUGAAUUCUGUUAAUGUACUGUUUCAGUUUAACCUGUAAGUUGUCUUGGGUAUUUGCUCUUUGUCUGACAUGCUGGCCAAGGGCACUACAAGACUGUUGUGGAUGAGAACCUGGAAGUGAUUUUUGAGGCAAACUGGCUUCUGUAACAAUGGCUUAAUCGUGUGAUUCAGGUGGAAUACCUUCUGUCAACUCUCAAGUCGUCUUCAAUAUGAAGAUCUGUAAUGCAACUUUAUGCUGUUGAUACUCCAAUGCACAGUGUUCUUACUAGAGGCAAAGAAUGAUCUUACUGUAAAGGAAGAUAAAGGAGGAUACCAAUGAGCUGGGCUUUUCCUGUUUUCAGAACUGUAUACAAUUUGACUAUAAUUUAUAGUUUCUAAUUAACACAUCUUUGCAGCAGGUACUUUGCUGAACUGCAAGCCUGCAGUACCAAUUCUGGUUUUAGAGCUUUCCUAUGUUUUCAGUCCUUAGAUGCCUGCAUAACUUUCUGGGAAAAACUCCGCUUCAUUUGAAAGUGCGGUUGCUACAGUUGACAUCAGCUUUCUACAAACUAUGCAAAACUGACCUGUUCCGUCCCCCCCUGUAUCAUUCUUGAUUUUUGGCAUAAGUCAUUCUUCAACAUAUCCAUCUGUAAAUUGCAAGUACGAGUGAAGAUCCAACAAAUCCAUGUUCAUUUGCCUGUCUUGCAGAGAAACAACUUUCCAUGCUUCUUCCGUUGUUGGGAAGAACUACUUGUAAUGGUUUACUGGCUGUUACGUAGCAUCUGAAAGAUGCACGUUUUAAACUGAGUGGUUCAGGCUGUGUCAUGUAGGUGCCUCUG